UUUUUUUAGUACUGAAAAGAAACAACACUUUUUCCUCUCACUUACCCACACACAUAAAAUAUAUAGAUAUACGUUUUUUUGUAUCUAUAUGAUAAAGUUGUUAAGAUAAAAAUGCAAGACCAAGGGGCAGGGGCAACUAGUUCAAUGGCAGCUAGUUUGCCUUCAAGUAGCGAAAGAUCUUCAAGUUCUGCUCUUCAAAUUAAUGUCAAAGAAGGAAUGGAGAGUGAUGAUGAGAUCAGAAGGGUGCCGGAGAUGGGCGGCGAAGCUGCUGGAGGAGCAUCGGGAUCUGGCAGAGGAACCGGGUCAGUUGCACAUCCAGACCGGGUUCAAGGCUCUGGCGAAGGUACAAGAAGAAAAGGGAAAAACCCGGCUGACAAAGAAAACAAGCGGUUGAAGAGGCUGUUGAGGAAUCGCGUUUCAGCUCAACAAGCAAGGGAGAGAAAGAAGGCAUACUUGAGUGAAUUGGAGGUACGGGUGAAAGACUUGGAGAAGAAAAACUCUGAACUGGAAGAGCGUUUGUCGACACUACAAAAUGAGAACCAGAUGCUGAGACAUAUCCUGAAGAACACAACCGCUGGCAUGCAAGAAAGGAAGUAGAAGUAGAUUUAGAAGCAGGUACAUAUUAAAUGGUGAUUGUAGCUAGGAAAGCUAAGAGAGUUUUGAUAUGAUUAAAAGUGAUUGUCCUUUUCGGUUCUGUGUGUUAACAAACAUUAAUGGUGAAAUUUGUGAUUGUUGAAACUCUAUCUUGAACUUAAUUAGUAAUUUUUUAUGUUGCAAGAAGUAGCUUAAAGUUUUUUUUUUA